AUUUGUCAGGGGGUGCAUGUUGAUGAUUGUGCGGAGGGGUAUGUGGCCCUGGCGGAGUGGGAGGUGGUGAACAAGGUGGAGGGGGGGGGGGAGGUAUUCAACGUCUCUUCGAGAGGGACGGAGGAGACGGUUGAUGGCAUUGUGAAGGCUUUGUGCGAGGAGUAUGGGGUGGAUUUUGAAAGAGUGAGGUACGUGAAGCCGGAGGACUUGCAAGAGGGGGAGAACCCCUGGCCGUUGGAGCUAGUGGUGGAUUUCCCGCAGUGGACGGGUGAUGAGAAGCUGAGGAGGGUAACGGGGUGGAGGGAUCGGAGACCGUUGUUCAGGGAGGCGGUUGGGGUGUAUAGGAGGGCGUACGAGGCUGCAAAGGAGGGAGGG